AAAAGGAGGAAAAAAGCGCCGUCUUUUUACUUUCCUUUACAGAUCUGAACGAUUUGGAAAAACAUACACACACACACACCAGGCAUGGCUGAUGAUGCAGAUAGUUUUCUUUGUUCGAUCUGUCAGGAUGUGUUCACUAAACCUGUGUCGAUUCCUUGUGGCCACAACUUCUGUCUCGACUGCAUCACAAACUACUGGGACAAUACUGACACUGUAAUGAAAUGCCCACUGUGUAAAGAGAAUUUCUUCACCAGGCCGAUGCUUCGGGUUAACACUGUCAUUGCUGAGAUGGCCGCAAAGUUUAACAAAUCUGAAAGAUCUCUUGUGACCCCUGAAAAAGCAGGAAGUGGAUACGUGCUCUGUGAUUGGUGCACAGGUGCGAAGCUCCCAGCCACCAAGUCCUGCUUAGGGUGUUUCCUGUCUUUCUGUGAGACACAUCUAAAGCCUCAUCAGAAUAGUCCAGCCAUGAAAAAUCACAAACUGAUCCAUCCGGUUGAGAACCUCAAGGGCAGGAUGUGCAAGACGCAUGACGCGCUUUUGGAACUGUUUUGCAAGGCGGAUCAAAUGUUUGUUUGCGAGUCCUGUAAAGUCAGUGACCAUAAAGCCCAUAACAUAGUGAAUCUGGAGGAUGAGGCUCAAAUAAGGAAGAGUAUGCUGGGAAGAGAGAAGGAAAGCACGGAUGAGAAGAUCCAGUCACGUCAGCAGAGAAUUCACGAGAUCGAACAGUCAGUGGAGGCCAGCAGAAUAAAUGCAGCAAACGCCCUGUCAUACAGCAUGCAUGCGAUGACUGCUUUGGUGGACUACAUCAGGAGAAGUCAAGCAGGGCUGGCGGAGGUAAUUGAGACAAAGCAGAAAAAAAUUGAAAUGGAGAGCAAUGGCUUAAUUAAAGAACUGGAGGGAGAAAUAAUGCAACUGAAGCAAAUAAAAUCACAGCUUAGUCAGGUCGCACCCCACAACGACGACUUUUUGUUUCUUGAGAAUUUCCUGUCUCUUGCCAUCACUCAGCCUCAGGUUAAGAACUGGUCCGAUGUGACUCUUAACAGUUAUGAGUUCACUGAGCAGGGAGCCAUGGCCAUGCUGGAGACAACAGUGACGAAAGAAAUAAGGAUGCUGUGUGAUCCCGACUGGAAAGAAAUGCAGCAGCAUGCCGUGGAUGUGACUCUGGAUCCGGACACAGCCAACCCUCUUCUCGUCGUUUCUCCGGAUGGAAAGCAAGUCACACAUGGAGACAGAAGGAGGCAACUGCCAAAGAAACCAGGGAGGUUCGAACAAGUCCUCAAUGUCCUCGCAAAGGAGGGUUUCUCCUCAGGAAAGUUCUACUAUGAGGUCCAGGUUAAAGACAAAACAAACUGGGAUUUAGGAGUGGCAAACCAGUCCAUCAACAGGAAGGGCGACAUAAGAUUGAGCCCAAAGAUCGGAUACUGGACUAUUUACUUCAGAAAAGGAAGUGAGUUUACAGCCAAUGCCGGCCCUGCCAUCAACCUCAAUGUGCGGGAGGUGCCUCAAAAGGUUGGGGUGUUUGUGGAUUACGAGGCGGGUCAAGUCUCCUUUCACGACGCAGACUCCAGGGCUUGCAUCUUCUCCUUCACCGGAUGGAACUUCACCGAGAAGCUCUUUCCGUUCUUCAGCCCCUGUGGGAUUGAUGGCAACAGAAAUUCAGCCCCCUUGAUCAUCACUCCUGUUAAACACAACAGCUGAGUUUCUAGUUUUGUUUUCUAUAUUUGGGAAAGAUAAAGAGUGUCAGGACAGGGGACUUGGAGGGAGAUCACAGUGGAGCGCUGAAAUGUUUUCGAUCUGUGAAGCUCCGGUGUGUCAUUCUGUUUCUCCCAUCCAUCAGUGUCAGAGCUGUGUGUCACUAUGUGUCGCCUGUCACACAGACAGCUGUGGAUCUCCAAGGGAAUGCAGCUAUCAGGACAUUCAGGACGGACAAACACACACAGAGUGACACUACAGUCAUACAUCUUCUUGGGUUACAAAAAUAAAAAUCUUUAUCAGCGGGGCAUUCAUUUUGAUACUUUAAAGUUACUCUUGCCUGCCAACAUACCAAAGCUGGGUGAUUCAGCAUUUAAAAAUAUUAUAAUCAUAAUAAUAAUAAUCCCUCAUUACACAACAAGCGAUGGAAAAUAAAUCAACACAGAAAAUAUUCAAACAAUUAUUAGGACUCUAAUUAAGUAGUUUCUUCUAAUGUGGCUCUGUAUGAGAACGAGAGCUAUUCAGCUAAAAGUGUUUUUAUUGAAUGAAUCAGUCGCAACACUGGAGCCUGACUGGCAUAUAAAGCUGUGUCCUCUAAUUAAAAUCAGCCAAACCUGCUUUCCAAGUUCAAACACGGCAAAAUCUAUUUGGUGAGGAGAGUCUUAAGCAACUGUUUAUUGAGCAAAGCCAAUUAAAGUCUGUCUGUUUGUUUGUUUGUCGGUGGGUAACAUUUAAUUCUGUUUCUUUUUUGUUGAGUUGCGUUUAUAUUUAUUUUUCUUUGGGAGACUGUUUUUCCAAAGUAGUUCCCAACAGAAUCAGACAAAUAGACGUUUGUUUACGAUGAAGUGACAAAGCUCUCUAGAGGUCGUAGAUAUAUGAUGACGGGAGCAGAGGAAGAAUAAAAGCCUAACCACUGUAGUAUUUAUUAUUCCAACCAUGACAAUGAAAGGUCUCCUAAUCUUCACAAAUUCCUUAUUUCAACCCAAAUUAUGAUCUUUUGUUAAACCAAAACACUUCAUUUUUGGGUUUAAACUGAACCAAACUAAAUGAUAGGGAGAGUGUUUUCACAUCAUAAAACUGUUUUAACAGUGAUGUGUGACAGUUUUGGAAGUCACAGAUGUCGUUCUGCUGAUAAAGGACACAAAUAAACUAUGUAUUGUGCUGUUUAUUUUCCGGAUUGUUUUUAAUUUUUUUUGUCAUGAUGCUGGAUUUCUCUUAGACGAGGUUGUUAUAAUCUCAUCUGGACAUAAAGUAGCUGAAGAGUUUAAGGAGAGCCGGUCGGGUUGGCCCACUCGAUUGUUGUAUCAUUAAGAGCUGACAGACCACACACUGGGCUAAUGACUGCGUGGAGCCGUUGGAUAAAAACCUUGUACAGUAUCUCCAUAAUGUCUGUUCAUAAAACUGCCGUGUUCUUUUGAUGAUCAUGCUUUUUUCAGCGUUAAGUGAUGCCAUCUGAAAAUUCAGGUUAACAAAAAAGGAAAAACAGGAGUCCCUUUGAAGUCACUUUGCAGUCUGAGAAAUUGUGGUGGCCUCCGUGUUCUGACUUUUUAUUUAUCUUUUAAUUGAUUAGUUGUAAAACACAUAAUUUGAUUGUAAAAAUGCAGCCUGAGUCUGUAUAGUGUACUGUAUGUAUGUUGGAUGUACUGAUGAGGGGAAAUUAUAAUAAUAAUAAAGAAAACUGCAGAACAGUAA